GAAAAUUGAGGCAUAAAAAAACUUUUCUAGAUGAGUUUAUUACAUGCCAUUACGUCUUCGUUCCCAUUACCGAAUGAUAUAAUAUUCGAUACUUUGUCACCUAAAAUGUCUGCUACUUCAACACAGACAACCCCCAAAAUGAGUCCGACACAUGGAUCCUUGUCUCUUGUGGGGUCUCCAAACCCUAACAGCAAUGGUAAUAACCAUUCUUCGUUACAAAGCCCAACAAGUUCCCAAAGUAAAAAGAGUUCACCUAAUACUUCAACCGAUCCCUUCCUUGCACAAUAUAUCAACUCACCAAAUGUCAGAUCUGUCACCCGAGACCAUCGCAUAUACUUUAGUUCCCUUGAUAAGUAUCGAAAAAUAAAACUGUUGGACAUUUAUCAAAAAUAUUUGGUACCUAUAAAGACAACAAAUGUACGUUUACAACAAAUUAAUCAUUAUCAUAAUAAGAACUAUAAACAGUAUUUCAGUCAGUACCUUAAAAUAGCACCAAAUGUGUCCAGGGCUGCUCCGGCAAAGGUCGAACCAUCUCCAAAAAUAGUACCUCAAGUGAAGAAGGAACUUCCACAACAAAUAACACCAGAAAUAUCUGAGAAAUUUCUUCCUGAGGAUUUCAUGGACUGUCCUAUAGAUGACAUAAUAAAUUUAAUAUCAAGAAUGUUUCAUUCUUUAAUAACCUUGAAUGACAAGUCAGUACCAACAUCAAUUUCAAAUCCACCAUCAUCAUCAUCAUCAUCCACCACCAGUUCCAGCACAUCUAAAAACAACCUCCUCACUAGAUACCAUUCCCGAACUCCGCCAUCUAUUUCCACACACACAUAUCUCACACGUUUGACGAAAUUCAAUAACUUUAAUCCAGCAACACUUUUAACCACCAUUUACUAUAUAGAUUUACUUUCACAUCAAUAUCAACCCUAUUUCACAUUAAAUUCAUGGACUGUGCAUAGAUUUCUCCUUGUUGCCUCCAUGGUUGCCCAGAAAUCUAUGGAAGAUUUCUUUUACACUAAUGAUCAUUAUGCAAAGGUUGGUGGGGUCAAUAUUGGAGAAUUGAAUUGUUUGGAAUUGGAUUUCUUGAAUCGUAUUGAUUGGAGAUGUAUCCCAGGAAGACUCAGUCAGGAAGGUGAAAAUGCUGGAAAUUAUUCACAAAUUAAAUAUGCUAAGGAUGUUCUUAAUUUGUAUUAUGUACAAUUGAUUGAAUUGAUGGGGAAAAAUACUAAAUUAAGUGAAGAAAAAUUGGUUCAUUAUUUGAAGACUCCCGUGGCAGAAAAGGAAGAUGAGUUUGAAGAUGAUGAUGAUGAUGACGAAGAAUUUGAAAACGGAGAUGACACUGAAGACAUUGUCUUUGAUGAAGAAAGUGAUUACUAUGAUAGUGAGGAUGAAGAUGAAGAAAUUAAUGAUUGUGACGACGAGUACAAAUACGAUAAUGCUUCAUCUAGACAUCUCAAGAGAAAAUUUGAAGACUGAAAAAUAUAAGAGAAGUUCUUCUAUCCUAUUUUAGGAUUUAGGUAAAAUCCACUUAUUAUAGGAUUAAUUGGGUUUAUAAGCGGAUUAUUGGGUAAAUAUUAUAAAAAAAAGUAUACUGGGUAUACAUUUCGUUCCAUAUAUAUAUAUAUAGAAGCCGUGCUUCAUCAAAAUUAAUGUAAUUAUUAGAGUA